CCGGGAUGGAGCAGGGCAUGCCGGAGCGAGGCCAAAACUCUGUGACUCUCCUUCCUGCCCCGGGCGGGGAGCAGAACACACAAGGAAAGGCUCGGGGGUCUGGAUGAGGGUGGGGACAGUUCAAUCCUUGGUCACGGGCACAGCACACCUGACUUGGGGAAAUUAAUUGAAUUUAUUGUCCAACAUGUCCGAGCAAGAAAACGAGAAGUAAAGUAAUUCCUACGGAAAUCCAUCUUCCCCCCAGCUGUCCCUCCUUCCCGGGCUUAACUUUCUGCCCCUGUCCGUCCCCCUCCCCGCCCAGAGGCACAGGGAUGGGGGUCACAGUCAGGUCAUGUCACUGCCUCCCCCUGAGGGCCAGGAAUCCUUGUCCUGCUGCAGCCUGGGGUCCCUCCCAGGGGACAGAGUCCCUCAGGAGCAGGCUGCUCCAGCGGGGAUCGCCAGGGGGAUCCCCGAGUCCGGCCAGGAGCCACUUCCAUGGCUCUGCAGGGGCUUCCCCCGGGCUCGGGGCCUCUCUCAGGCACCCCCUGCUCCGGCCCGGCCUCAUUGCCCCCCUCACCCCCCCAUGCAGCGAGUGCCCGGGCAGGGAGAUCCACGAUUUUCACGGGGUUGAAUCUUGGUGUUUCUGAGCUUUAUUGGGCUGAAUGUUGGAGUUUUGCUUUUUUGUGGGGGCUGAGUCUUUGUAUUUUGGGGGGAUAUCAGAUUUUUGGUGUUUUGGAAGUUUUUGAUCUGUUUUGAUGUUUGGAGGAUGUUUGUGCUGAAUCUUGGUGUCCUGGAGGUUCUUCCAGACACAAGGUGCCAAAUGACUUUCUGAGAUGAACUUGGGCAAGGAAGAACCCCCAGCCCAAGGCGCUCUCCUCUUGCUUUUUCCCCCAAACCAGGAUUUCUUAUUCCUAAGGCGUGGCUGGAUGGAGGAGAAGGAAAAGCCCCAGAGAUGCCACACAAGGAGGGGCUGCAAACCCAGCCCAGGGAGCUGCAGGGAGGAAGGAUCCCCCCUGUGCCAGGAAGGCGGCUGGAGAUCCAGCCAGAGCUCGGAGCUGGGGGAGAAGCCUCAUGGAGGGGAGAAGCCCCACAAGUGCUUGGAAUGUGGGAUGGGAUUCAGAAAGAGCUCCCACCUGAUCCGGCACCAGAGCAUCCACACUGGGAAAAAGGCCUACGAGUGUGGGGAAUGUGGGAAGAGCUUCAGUGACCUCUCCAACCUGAUGCAUCACCAGAGGAGCCACACAGGGGAACGGCCCUACACCUGCUUGGAAUGUGGGAAGAGCUUUGGGUGGAGCUCCAAUCUGAGGACACACCAGCUCAUCCACACUGGGGAGAGGCCCUACGAGUGUCCCGAGUGUGGGAAGAGGUUUAAGCGCAGUUCCCAUGUCCUCCUACAUGAGCGGAUUCACACAGGCGAGAGGCCCUUCCGCUGCCCCGACUGCGGGAAGGGCUUCAACCGCAACACCCACCUCACUCUCCACCGGCGCAUCCACACUGGGGAGAGGCCCUACGAGUGUCCCCAGUGUGGGAAGAGCUUCUCACAGAGAUCUAACUUGACCCAACACCAACGGAGGCACCACUAAGGGAAGCCCUGCGAGUGCCCCGAGUGCGGGAAGAGCUUUGUGCGCUGCUCCAGCUCCAUCCCCCAUGGGAGGAUCGGCGUUGGAUGAUCCCCAGUGACCCCCGUUGGGCAGAGCCCUGGUGAUCCGUGGUCCUGGUGAUCCGUGUUGGGAAGACACCUGGCUGGGAGGCUCCACAUCUUCCUGGCUCCCUGUGGGCACCUGGAUCAACACCGGAGCAGGAACAUCUAUUGGGACACAGACAUAGGGAAUUCCUUUGGGAGAGCGGAUUUGUUGAUUUUGAUGGCAAAGAAGUAUUUUGCUUUCAGUCCAAUCUUCUGCUGCCAUCAAGGAAUACUGGAUGCUCUUGGAGAUCUUUUCCCACCUCAGUCAAGGGUGUUUUCCUCAGCCAAAUGUUGAUGAACUGAGGCAAAGACCAAGAUUUUGGAGGUAGUGGUGUGGAAAGCCCUCCAAAAAAUGCUCUUCCCUCCCACCCAGGCAUGUGGGUCCUCAGCUGGCAGAGACACAAAAAUCCUUUCCUUUUGGGUUUGAUUUGCUUUUGAUUUUUCUUUAUCCUUUCAAAACAUGCAACUUCGGAUUAAAAAUAAAGACACUGAAGUAAGACACAGGUGAGGACAUUGAGGGACAUAGACAUGGUGGGCCAUGGACAUGGAGAGUGACUUGGGGACACAGGGACAGGGAUGGGGACGUGGCCAUUCAUGGGGACGUGAGGAGACAC